CAUAGGAGAUGCCUCGUGAUUUGUCACGGUCAAGAUCUCCUUCAUAUAAGCGAAGGUAUUCACCAUCUUAUGCGACACAGAGGUAUAACAGGAGAAGUCGAAGAGAUAGAAGCCGGUCUCCAUAUUCAUCCUAUUCUCAUAGCAGGUGAUCCCGCUUAUAGUCCCACUUUCUUGUAGUGAUUUUUAGAUUGUUUGCAAGAACUUUGUAAGAAUUUUGGGGAGUCUUAUCGUCAAUGCACUUUGGAUUUACAAAAUGUGUUGAUCUGUACCCAUUUUUUCCUUCCAUGUUGAAUUUUGAGUGUUUCUUUAUCUCUAUAAUAUCAAGCCUAUUUCGUUUGGAUAGAAAGGAAAAUCCUUAUUUUUUGAAUAUAUUUUUUUUAUCAGAAAAAAACUUAAAAAUGGUGGUUUGAUUUCGUACACGCGUAAUUUGAGGUGCUUGUGCAUUCACAAAUAGGGAAAUAAAGAAUAGUUGAAAGAGUCGAAUUUUUUAAUUAGUCAAAUGUGACCGACUAUACAAAGAAGAGUUGAAUUGCUAGUUGAGCUAUAAUACUUUAGACAAACGUGCCAUAAUAUGAACGUGAAUGCAAUGAAUUUGUGUUGUUCAGGGUCACCUAGUGAGAGAAAUAUGGAAUAUAUAUUUUUUUAGUAAAAAUAUUAUAUAUAUCAAAAAGAGUAACCAAGUACAUUGAACGUAUACAAGAAAACACCUAACCCAUAUUAAUGAGCCCCUAAUGACCCAAAAAAGCCCGUGAAAAACAACCCAAAAUACCGAAAUAUGGAAAUGUAUAUAAAAAAAAUAGAAAUGCUUUAGCCAUAAAGAGAUCCCACAAAAGUAAUUCUACAAAUUGGCGUAGCUUGAUGUAAUAUGAUAGAUUGUAAAACUAUUUUUAUUGUAGGGUAGAUCUAACGUAUCAUAUGAAGUUAUGUCAGAAUGUUGAUUUAUUUUUGUGGGAUUUCUUUGUGGUUGUAACACUUCUCAUAAAAAAAAGAAAGCAUUCCCUCCCCUUGUUUUGACUUUGUUUGGACUAAUAGAAAUGUUGGAAUCUGAUUGUUUCUGUCAGAGAAUGUGGAAAUCUAUCAAAAUUUGUGACAAAAGGAUUAAAAAAUUGGAGUCCGCGACUUUAUGUGGGCUACUAAUGGAACAUGAGUAUUUUCUAGUUUUGCCCGCCAGAUUUUUAUUCUGUAAUUCCUUCUUUUGUUUUUAUUUACAUGUGGUAGUAGAAGCAUAUGGAUAUUGAUAUUGUCUAUCUUGGUAUUUCAUAACUUCUUGCUGUUUGGAGAAUAUUCUGUUUUCAUGAGCCCUUCAUGAUCUGUACACAUAUAUCGAUGAUGGCCAUGCUAUUUUUGAAGCAUGUUGCUCGAUUAUGGUUAAACAACUUGUUAUUAUGUUGCUGGGUUUGUAAGCACUUGUUGAGAGCAUUACCUUUUGGGAAGUUACCUUGUGUGUGAACAUCCUACAAAAGAAGUGAAAUAAAUAAUUGGAGCAAAAUAUUAAGAGUGGUUUGAGGAUUGAAUAAAAUGCAUGCUCUUCAUGGUAAAAUUAAAAGAAAAGAACUUUCUUCCCACUGUUUGGGAAGUGAGCAGGUGAUGGGUGCAAUUGGUUGUCCUUUUGUUGCUCGAUUGUGACAUUUCCUUCUUCAUGUGAUGAAAGAUGCAGCUCACAGAGGUUAUUCUUAACAGUGUAUGAGAAGAAAAAGUCGUUCUAUUUCCCCAAAACACCGCAGAAAUCAUUCACAUUCUAGACGUCAUAAAAGUCGUUCACCAACUCCGAGACAUUCUAAGAGGAAAAGGAGUAGAAGUUCCUCCUUGUCUCCUAUUCAUAAAUCUUCAAGUUCAAGUCUUGGGUCCAUUGAGCGGAAAAAUGCAAGUGAAAAAUUGAGAUUAGAAGAAGAGAAGAAAAGGCGACAGCAGGAAGCAGAGUUGAAACUAAUAGAAGAAGAGACUAAAAGAAGAGUGGAAGAAGAAAUUCAGAGGAAAGUGGAAGAGAGCGUAAACUCUGUGGAAAUUAAACUGGAAAUACAGAGGCGGUUGGAGGAGGGGCGGAAGAAAGUUUACAAUGAAGUAGCAGCUCAACUUGAGAAAGAAAAGGAAGCUGCUGUAGUUGAGGCUGGACAAAGAGAGGAAAAGGCUCAAAAAGAGAGAGAAGAGCUGGAAAGGAUGUUGGAGGAGAACCGGAGGAGGGUACAAGAAGCUCAGAGAAGGGAAGCUCUAGAGCAGCAGCAGCGAGAGGAGGAGCGGUACCAGGAGUUAGAAGAGAUGCAAAGACAAAAAGAAGAGGCUAUGCGGAGAAAGAAACUGCAAGAAGACGAAGAACGGUUAAACCAGGUGAAAUUGCUGGGCAAGAACAAAUCCCGCCCGAAAGUGUCGUUUGCGCUUGGCUCAAAGUGAACACUAGGAAUUGGUAUAUUAAUGGGUUUCCAAGCAUACGUGCUGGACUUAAAUAGCAUGUUCACAUUUGUAAUUCGUGAUAUAUUCGUGCUUUUUAAUGAAGUCUUUCGUGUGAUUAA